AUGGCUCGGGACCCUACCGUGGAGGUUCCUCCUCCAGAGGUACACCAUUAUAAUGAUCUUGGCGAGGUGCCGUGGGAUAUUCAGAACUACUGGGCGCAACGCUACAAGAUCUUCUCCAAGUACGAUGAGGGUGUCUGGCUGACAGAUGAUGCCUGGUUUGGUGUAACACCGGAGCCUGUGGCAAAGUACGUGUUCUCUUCUCCACUAGCAGGAGCUAAGCAACUAAUUCAUCAAUGCAGCAAAAUAGCAGAACACAUGGCUCAGUCCGCCCCCGCAGGACGCAGCAUCCUAGUAGAUGCAUUCGCCGGCGCGGGCGGCAACUCCAUCGCUUUUGCUCUGUCCGGUAGAUGGAAGCGCGUCUACGCUAUCGAGAAGAAUCCCGCUGUCCUACAGUGCGCUAAACACAACGCCAAGAUUUACGGCGUGGCGGAUAAGAUCACCUGGUUUGAGGGUGAUUGUUUUGAGAUUAUCAAGAAUCAGCUGAAGGAUCUAGCACCGUAUAGUGUCUUGUUUGCUAGUCCGCCAUGGGGUGGCCCCGGGUAUCGCUCUGACAUGGUGUUCAACCUGAGUACAAUGGAGCCAUACUCACUAGCGAAGCUCUACAAAGAGUACUCCAUGUUUACAGAACACAUGGUUCUGUAUCUCCCCAGGACAUCGGACGUCAAGCAGAUGGCCAAGGUUGUCAAGGAGGGUCAAAAGUCAGUGGUGAUGCAUUACUGCAUGGAAGGUGCUAGCAAGGCGUUGUGUGUUUAUUAUGGUGGCUUUAAUCUUGAAUAA